AUGUUUUACUCACCAAUCUACGAGUACGCCAAGAGCCUUUACAAAACGAGCAAACUGAGCGAGUUAGACAGUUUCUUGAAGGAGCGCUUGCCUUUGUCGUACAACGUGCAUCUAUGGCAGUUAUAUCUCGCAUAUGUGGGCCAGAAUACACCUGAAAAGCUACUGGAUGCGUACGAAUAUGCUUUGUCCCAUCUGGAAGGACAUUUUGACAUAACACUGGUUCUGAGAGAUUACCUGGGCCUGAUCGACAGCAUGCAUGAUCAGGACGUUGUUGAUCGCAAGAGGAUGGCCUACCAGAAUGUCAUAAAAUAUGCCGUUUUCAACGUGCCUUCGAUCUACAGGGAAUACGAGGAGUUCGAGUACAAGCUAAACAAGUUCACGGCAAAAACACUCCUGGAGAAGGCGGCAUACAAUUUCAAGGGGCAUAAAAGGCUGUCAAUGACGUUCGACGCAAAUGCUGAGAUCAUGGACCAGGUCACGUUGGAGAACUACAGCACGUUAUUUGAGGUUGAGGAACGCAAGGAGUUUGUGUGGAAGUGUCUUAAGGAGAAGUUCUACUACGAUGAAGAGGUCUAUUUCGAGCUGAUCAAGAUUGUGCCCGGCUUUGUCGAUGAGGCCAUUCUCUGCAACUCAUUUAUAAGUCAUGACGAGCAGUUGGAUGCACCGUUGACAUUGGAGAGCUGCACAAACACCUUUACACGCACCAAUUUCUUUUUUGUUCUCCUGGGCGUGUACUUGGGCAGAGUCGACCUGACCAACUACAUCUUCAAGGAGGAGUUCUUGUCAGCGUGGGACGCUGAGCAAGAUAAAUCAGGGUCGGCCACGGCCAAAGCGGUGACAGUCAGCGAUCUAAAGGAGACGUUCAGGGUCAUGCGAAUCAGAAAAAAAGAUCUGGUGUACAUACACUUCCUCGACAUGGUAUUCAAGAGCAAAGGGGUACACGCCUUUCGGCGUGUAUUCAAUGAUAUGAAGGACAUUAUCGGUCCGCUUGUUUUCUACUACGUCGCACAGCUCGAGUAUUAUGUGCACGGUGACGUGGAUGUAUUCAUUAAUGUCAUGCUGCUCGGUUCGAGGAAGAACAAGUCGCUUGAAACGUACUUGAUAAAAUUUCUGGCCGGUCACCGGCAUGAGAACCUCGCACGCAAAUAUUCAGCGGUGUUUGGUCGAAAGGAGGAUCUUCGGCGGUAUCUGUACCUGUACACCUUUGAAUCGCAGGCUGCCGAUAAUGAAAGUGCGCCAAGGACGGAAACGCUUGAUGAUUUUUACUACAAGGGCAAUUUUGAGUAUGAAUCGUUCGUCCUGAAGAGCAGGGGCAACAAGGCGUUCAAUGAGAUGGUGAAAACGUUGGAAUUUGAGAGUUUGAGGCUGUUCAAGCACUCACUGCUGCUUGAGACAAUGGAGGAUGUGCGUAAGGAUGAGAGUAUAAAGCUGUUUGAAGCUGUGCAUCCCGAAGGUGUAGUGAAACUGUUGUGCACUGCUGACAUCCGGCAAAAAAACGCUUUUUAGUGUUUUGGCUCGUUCCAGCCCGGUACACCGGUACCGUGCGGUGCAGGUAAUAAAUUCGUGUAAUUCGCGCAAAACCGAU